AUGCGCCAGGAGGCCCGCGACCGCGGUGGGUACGACAGCGGGGGCAGCUGCUGCAGCGCCGCAGACCCCGGCGAUGCGAGGCGGGCCGCAGCUGCAGUGGCUGCCGCAGGUUCGAGCCCGCACGAAGGUCUCACGGAUGUGCUUGACAGGCCGGAACACUGCCCUGCUGCUGCUGUUAUUGCUGGUGAGGUUGCAGCACCGAUGUUGCCCUCUACUUCACUGCUCACCGCCCCACUCAGCGGUACACCGGACAGCGAUUACGGCGAGGCGUUGCGCACGGGGGAGAGGGGGAAGCACCAACACUGUGAUGACGCGGUUAGGAUCUCGACCGUCUUAGACCAGCCACAAACCUUCUCACCACUGCCCCAGGCGCCUCUCACUGCGCCGCACAACGAUACCCAGCAGCGGGACCAGCACCCGCAUUUAGGGCAAGGGCACAGGGACGCUGUCAACAACAGCGGCGGCGGAAGUAGCAGUUCUUGCCACCCCAAACAGACUCACCUUGACGGAGAGUACGAUGUUCAUCACCGCCACGCGCAGCCGCGCCUUUCCCCGGAUGCCGUCUUCAAGUAUGGUCACGACGGUGCACUGUUGAGCCCCAACAACUCCUUCACUGCGGCCGCCGCUGCUUUGGCAGCUCGCCGCCAGUCAGCCACCGACCGUGUGCGUCGCACCAGUUGUUCUGUUAGUAGCGUAGCCGAUCUUUAUGGUGGGCACGCAGACCGCAGCGCAAGUGCGUCACGGCGGCUCUCACUGGGGCGAUGCAGCUCCGCACAGUCUCGCAAGUAUAUCGACUCCGCAUUGCCCUCGACAGUGCCCCCGGCGGGGGUGCGACAGGACCGGUGUGGCAGCAUCACUCGCGUGGAGGCUUCACUAGUUGCACUGCAAGUGGAACUGGCGACCGAGAAGCGCAACAACAUUGAGGCGGAGCACCACAUCACUACACUGAACCGCGAAGUAGAGCGCCUGCGGAAGGAGAAUGCGCGCUUGUCACGCGAGGUGGCGGUUGCCGCGACCGCUGCCCACAGCGCAUCCGCGCCGCCCCAUUCGGUCGCGCCCGGGGGCGGUGCGGAUGGUGUUGGGGCGGCUUUCUCGUCAACAGCCCAGGCGUAUUCGGAUGCGGUGACGGCGGAGAAACGCAUCGAAGUCCUCGAGGCGCGUCUCGGUGAGCUGUCGCGUAACAUGGAGACGAAGCAGCGUGAGCUGGACACGAAGGACGAGCGCAUUCGUCUGCUGGAACACAAGCUCGCGGACCAGCUGCUGCUCUACUCAGGGAUGAGCCACAUGGGGGGGAUGCCCACAAACCCUCCUCAGGCCUCGCAGCCGGCCGCGGUGGUGCGGCACAACUCAGCGACGGCGCCAGCGCAUCAGCAGGAGCGCCGGCCGAGCCGCACGAGGCAGAGGGGCAGUGAAAAGGUGAGCAGCGUCGGAGCCCAUGCGGCGCCUUCGCGGCUGUACUGGCAGGCGCAGGCGCCGGACACAACCCUGGUGGGCCCAAAGGUGAGCGCCAUCCGAUCAGUGAGCGUGCACAACCUGCACGUUGGUCGGAGCAACAGCGACGACAGCCCCGGCUCGCGGUCGAUUUCGCAGGAGCAAUCUCGCAGCACUUGCAAUCAUGUACGCCACAGUGCCGGCGCCGGUGCGUCGGAGGAGGGGGCGCCCAGUGACGCAGGGCCGCAGCCGUCCGCUUUCUCGCUGCGAGGGUCCCAGCCCGAUGUGAGGGUGAACCGCCCGCUAAGCGCCACGAGGGACCUUCGCCAACAAACCCCGCGCACCUCCAGUGUGCGGCGUCGUCCUUCCUCGACAUCUUCCCAACCGGGUGGCAGGGACCUCUCAGCGGGGACUCGACCAACCACCGGCGCGCGCAGCUCGGUCAGGCUGCGAUACAGUCGUGACGCAUUUGGUUCGCGUGGCCACGCUGACGGUGACGCUACUGGUAGAACGACCAGCAGCUUGGAGAAAGGUCAUCCUCCCGAUCGCUCGGGAUCGGCAAGCUCUCCUCGGCGCCCGUCCGUGCAGCGGCGCACGUCCACCUCGUCGCUGCGCUCCGCCAUGACUGCGACCCGCGAGGACAGCCAGCGUGCAUUUUCUCGCCGCAAUCCGGCAGUGUCGCCGGCCCGCCGCAACUCCAGUAGCAUAGUCACCGGCAGCCACCCGAUGCGCCUGAGUGGCGGUGCCAGCGCUGGUGGAGAUGCGCGUUUUCCAUCGCCCGGCAGUCCCGCGUACGGCAGAGCGCAGUCCAGUUUCUUAUCGAAUGGCUCCACGGCGCGCCGCGGGUCGGCAACCCGCUCUGUGGAGCAGCAGAGCGUGCGCUCUGGCACGUCGACCCGCUCUCGUCCGCAGAUCACGUACAGUGCGGACAACGAGUCGGCAACGAUCAAGGGGUCGACGACGACAGUAGUGUUUCGAAGUGGCAAUACCUCCAACGCCAGCGCCAACUCCUACUAUAGGGGCAGCUCCUACGCUCGCGAUGGUGCCCCGCUGCUCCCCUCUCGCUUGACCGCCUCUGGUCCGGUAGUGGCACCAGACGACGCGAGAACGGGCGCCGCUAUCGACAUCCCGUAA